GUUCUCCCCUCACACUCGGGGCUCCGCGGCCCGCCCCAUCCCUCCACACGUGAGGCGGCCGCCUUUGCGGUAAGCUUGAGCCUCUGGCGCUGCCGUCCGGGCACCGGCGGCCUCCUCAGCGCCUCCUCCUCCUCCGCUGCUGCCAUGGCCGCCCUGGCCAAAGCCUCCGGCGCGCUCAAAUCCGUGGAUUACGAGGUGUUCGGGCGGGUGCAAGGUGUUUGUUUCAGGAUGUACACAGAGCAGGAAGCCAGGAAAUUAGGAGUGGUUGGCUGGGUUAAAAACACCAGCCAAGGAACUGUGACAGGCCAAGUUCAGGGUCCAGAAGAGAAAGUGAAUGAAAUGAAAUCCUGGCUGAGCAAGGUUGGAAGCCCAAGUUCCCGCAUCGAUAAAACAAACUUCUCCAACGAAAAGGAGAUUUCCAAGCUUGACUUCUCGGAUUUCAACACUAGAUACUAACAGGAGGGUGCCUCACUAAGCACAAAACUGACAUUUCUGCUGCAUGGUAUUUUCUGUGCCUCCAUCAAAUGCCACAAGAGCAUUGGGAUGCUCUGCUGUACUAGGGAUAAACAUAAAUGCUCCCUGUUCCCACCAAGUAAGAAUUCCUGGUUGCUGUGUUAGACAUCUUACACCAUGAAUGUCAACAUUUAGUGUUUCAAAUGCCAAUGUCUAAUUUAUUGCAGCUUUGAAAGACAGAUAAAAGCUUAGUGCUGCUGGUUAUUUGUGCACAAUGAGACUUGUUACAUACAACCAGAUGGUACCUAAUCCUUGCACUGUGAGUCAUACUUGAGAUGAAAAAUAAUAAAUUUAUGUUCUACUGUUUGUAAUCUCACCCAAAAUACAUAACCACAGAACUGCAACAUUUGAUAGUUCUAUGUAACAAGUCUGUUAUAGACCAGGCUCUUUGUGGUAAUUAAUAAAGUUAUAGUGGUAAUUUAAAAUAAAUGUUGUUUCAAACUGGGAUUAUCUAAGCAGCUCGGUUUAAAAUUCUCCUCAAUUCAGAUAAAUCUUGUUCCAAGGUGAUGGAAUGUGUGGCCUCUCACCCUGCUUUUUUCCCUGUCUACUUGUAACUUAUGUCCAUGCUGACUAUAAAGGAUGUUUUAAUCUUU